GCAUAAUUGUAUACUGUCUGGACGUGAAGAUGCAAUUGAUGCACCUCAAACGAACUCCAGGUUCUCCAGCUGAUCCUCCUGGUUGAUCCGCAUCGCGAUUGGACCUAUUAACGACGACGCCAGACAUACGAACAUACCAUGUCCAAGCCAGUCGCAGUAGUGACGGGCGCAGGCUCAGGUAUUGGCCUGACUGUAGCAACGCACCUCCACAGCAAAGGCUAUCGUGUUGUCAUUGCCGAGUUGAAUCCUAAAACCGGCGCAGAAGCAGCCAAAAAGCUCGGCGACAACGCAACUUUCAUUCAAGUGGAUGUCGCCUCCUACCCAUCACAAGCGCGCCUCUUUAAGCAAGCUUAUGAAUGGGGUGGCAACAGACUCGACUUCUUCCAUGCAAAUGCAGGCAUCGAUGACAGGCAAAUGUUGUAUGACGGAAUGGAGAAAGAGGAGGUGGAUGCAGAGGGCUUGGUCAAGCCGCUGAACACGAAGAGCAUGCAGGUCAAUCUUGAAGCGGUCAUUCAGGGCCUGUGGCUGUUCAAGUACUACGUUCGGCGAAGCAAAGAAGCAGGUGGAGGAAAGGGGAAAUUCGUGGCGACGAGUUCGGCAGCUGGGCUAUAUGUUAUGACUCAGAACCCGCAAUAUACCGCCUCAAAGUACGGCGUUGUCGGUUUCGUACGAGCAGCUGGACCCAUUCUGGUUAAGGAAGGCAUCACCGUCAACGCCAUCUGCCCUGCCUUCAUCCCCACAGGUCUCUGCCCGCCUGAGAUCUUGCCGCUUUGGCCAAAAGAGCACAUCACGCCUCUGUCGACCGUAAUCAAAGCCAUCGAGGCGAUACUGGCCGACGACAGCCUUACAGCCGAAACGAUCGAGCUGUCACAAGAGAACAUAUACUUUAGAAAACCCGUAGACUGGGCGAACGAGAGUCAAAGAUGGGUAGGGGAGGAGAGCCAGAGUAUCUGGGAUCUUGGGUACCAGAAGGUGCCGGAGCGGCCAACCUUUUAAAGAUGUAAUGUAUCCUUUGUGAGGGUUAUAUGUUCUAGCUUCUCUACUUCCCGGCAAGGAAGUCGUCCCACGCGGCACUCAGUCGAUCUAAGUUCACUUUUCCCUCUUCUGCAAGCCUGAAUAACGUGUUCCUCCUAUCAUCAUCCCACCCAGUGCGCCCAACCGUACGCUCCACCUCCCCACCUCCAAAAACCUUCACAUUCGGAGUGACGCCAUUGAAUUGGUGCCAUGGCAUGUUUCCGUUUGCAAAAGCUAUAAAACCCUUCGCCAAAGCCCUCGCAACAUCCCUCCCCGGCACUCCCAUCUUUUCAUCGUAG